AUGACCCACCAGACACAUGCAUAUCACAUAGUAAACCCAAGCCCAUGACCCCUGACAGGAGCCUUAUCAGCUCUACUACUAACAUCCGGAUUAGCAAUAUGAUUCCACUUCAACACGCCCUCUAUCCUUUUACUAGGCCUACUAACUAAUAUAUUAACCAUGUAUCAAUGGUGACGAGACAUCGUACGAGAAAGUACUUUCCAAGGACAUCACACACCUAUCGUCCAAAAAGGCCUACGCUACGGAAUAAUCUUAUUCAUCGUCUCUGAAGUAUUCUUCUUUAUCGGAUUUUUCUGAGCCUUCUACCACUCCAGCCUCGCCCCAACCCCAGAACUAGGAGGAUGUUGACCACCUACAGGCAUUCACCCCCUAAAUCCCCUAGAAGUCCCACUCCUAAAUACAUCAGUCCUUCUAGCCUCAGGAGUAUCAAUUACCUGGGCACACCAUAGCCUGAUAGAAGGUGACCGCAAACCCAUACUACAUGCUUUACUCACCACAAUCCUUCUAGGCGGCUAUUUCACCCUGCUUCAAGCCUCAGAGUAUUACGAAGCCCCAUUCACAAUCGCAGAUGGGGUAUAUGGGUCAACAUUUUUCGUAGCUACCGGAUUUCACGGCCUUCAUGUAAUUAUUGGAUCGACAUUCCUAUUCGUCUGCUUCGUACGACAACUAAAAUUCCACUUUACCUCAAAACACCAUUUCGGAUUCGAAGCCGCUGCCUGAUACUGACAUUUUGUAGACGUUGUAUGACUAUUCCUAUACGUCUCCAUCUAUUGAUGAGGUUCCU